UUCCGCAUUGCGCCUCAUGGAUUUUGUUAUGAAAAAGCCACUCUUUAAAAAAUCUACGCUUUAUUUAAUAUUCUAUUAUAAUUAUUCUAUUAUAUUCUGUCCAGUAUCAUUGUUAGAGAAAACUAGAGGGAUUGUGCACGACUUGCAUGGAUCGCUAAAUUGCGACAUUAUUAUUUGUGUGAAGAUGCACCAGCUCUCUGCCCACACGGUGCGCCUGCUGUCCAGCUCUCAGGUCAUCACGUCGGUGCUGAACGUGGUGAAGGAGCUGACGGAGAACGCCCUGGACGCAGAGGCCACCAGUGUUGAUGUCAAACUGGAGAACUUUGGCCUGGAGCGCAUUGAGGUGAGGGAUAACGGGACUGGGAUCAGAGCCGAAGACGCUCCUGUGAUGGGCGUCCGACAUUUCACCUCCAAAAUCAGUUCUCAUGAUGACCUGGAGAAUCUGCAAACCUAUGGUUUCAGAGGAGAGGCUUUGGGCUCUAUCUGUGCUGUGGCCGAGGUGACUGUGACCACAAAGACAAAAGACGAUGACGUGAGCACUCAGUACAGUCUGGACUCCAGCGGGAACAUCGUCUCUCAAAAGCCCUCUCACCUGGGACAAGGUACGACAGUGAGCGUGCAGAAGCUGUUUAAAAACCUCCCUGUGCGCAGACAGUUCUACUCCUCCUCAAAGAAAUGCAAAGAGGAGCUGAAGAGGAUCCAGGACGUGCUCACUGCCUUCGCCAUCGUCAAACCAGAGCUCAGGAUCACACUGUAUCACAACAAGGUGGUGGUUUGGCAGAAAUCCAAAAUGGCUGAUCUCAGAAGUGCCCUGGUGGCAACUCUGGGUCCGAGUGUUGUGUCCAACCUGCUCCGUGUUUAUCAUCAGCACCACGAGCCUGAGAUUGUUUUGGAGGGUUUUUUUCCUAAACCUGGUGCAGAUUACAGCUCCACCAGCUCCUCCAGCCCAGACAAGAACUUCAUCUACAUCAACGACCGUCCUGUGCACAACAAAGACAUCAGCAAGCUGAUCCGUGAGCGAUACUCUGCUCAGUUCUCAGAGGAGGUGAGGAGCAGGUUUCCCACCUUCAUGCUCAGAGUUUGUGUUUCUGCAGCAGCAGUUGAUGUGAACGUGACUCCAGACAAGACCCAGGUCCUGCUGCACCACAAGGAGGCUGUGUUGGCUGCAGUAGAAGAUUUACUUGUUUCUCUUUAUGGCCCCAAACCUAUCAAUUCAAAGGAGGAGCAACCUGGUCCCAAAAUGUCCAAUAACGCAUCGAAUUCAACCAGAGAUUUAGAACAAGACCCAAUAGUGAAGAGUCGAGACAUUUCUACAGAAUCUUCGACAACUACCAACAAAAAUAUUCACAUUUCUAACAAGGAAAUUCCCAAUAACAGAAGUAGCGACAUCUCGUUACAGAGCCAAACCUCAAACAGUAGCUCCUCCUCCAUAGCUGAAGACUGGAUCGUUAAUCAAAUUCCUUCAAACUUUUCCAUUUGUGAUGAUGAAGAAUUGUCUCAGAAUUGUGCGAAAGAAUCAAAUUCAACCAGAAAUUCUCCAGAAAAACUUGAAUUUAACAAUAAAGAAACAUCUAAGGACAAAUUUACGGCAGAAGAUUGGAGCAGAGGGAAAGCUUUGAGAGAUCCAGAGUCGAAUCAGCCAUUGCUACCUGUUACCAUUCUUCAACCAAAUUCAGAAACGUCUAAAAAAGAUGCGAAUAAGGAAGCUGAAAUUUCAAACAAGCUCGUUUCAAAUUCUAUCAUUGAAAAACGUGCCGCGCUAACAGCUUAUGAUGUUUUGGCGAACCGUGGAGUGAGGGCGCCAGUCUCCCCCGCCGCUCUGUUCGAGAAGGAGACGAGAGCCGAAAUCAUAACCCAAAACCCCAAAGCGUCUCUUCACGAAAUUAACGAAUCCGUCCGCGAAAGAUGGAAAACCCUGAGCCAGGAGGAGAAGAGGAGGUUUGAAGAUAAGGCCCAAAAACAGGCAGACCUCCACGAACAGGCCAAAUCUGCAUCUGCCGAAACCCCCAAACGAGUCAACGCUCAAGGGCAGAAACGUAAGGCGGCCCCCCUGUCCAACCAGCAGCUCCUAGAUGAACUAUUCUCUGCUCAGCCCCCAAAAAAGAUAAAGGUCAAGCCCUCCAAACCCUCUCGCUCGGUCCGCUGUAGCCUGCUCUCUCUCAGGCAGAACCUCCUCCGCCUCUCCCCUUCUCCCCCACCCUCUCCUCCGCAGGGUCUGUCCCCCCUCUGCAAGCUCUCCUCACAGGGAUCAUGGUUGGUACUUUCUGGGCGUAAACUCCAAGUCUUGAAUCCGUUCCGAGUGGAGGAGGCAUUGCUGUUUAAGAGGCUGAUGGAGAAUAACAUACUACCUGCUGAAGAUCUGAAGGACCCCAUACAGUUAACAGAAGAGAUCCUGGGUGGAGCAGAGUUCCUGGAGGCUCUGUGUGGGAUGGAGCAGCACAGCCCAGAUCUGGACGGAAGCAUUCCCUUUUCAGACCUCCGGCUCGUGGCAAACGGGUUCAAAAUCAAACUCUACCCAGGUGCGGGACAGGUGCAGGUGGUUGCCGCAGCGACGUGCGUGCCGUUCGUGGGCGUCUCGGACCUCAGGGAGAUCCUCGUCGCCGUGGUGCAGAAGAGGAGCAGAGCCGUGUCCCAAUGCAGGCCGCUCAAAGUCCACAACUACCUCAAAGGUGAAGCUGUGCGACUGGUGCGUCAGAUGCCCUCCCAUUUCUCCAGAGCCGAGGUGACAGAGACUCUGCAGAGGAUGCACACUGAGCUGGAGCAGAGCCACAGGACCUGUCUCCACGGGCGACCUUUCCUGCUCCCCCUGGUGGACCUGCCCUGCACUGACCACGAGGCCCUCGCCCUGGCUGCACCUGCCGCUCUCUGACCAGGUGGGACAUCUCCAUCCUGUCAGAAUAAAGACAUUACGGGAUAUUUGUGCGAACCAGCAACAUGGACUGUCAGCUGGUAAAGCAAAGAAGCCUGUCUUAUGUGAAUUGUAAAUAUGAAUUUCAUAGGCCUCUAUUCGACUAAAGAAAUUCUUGGUUUAAAGACACGUGCCGCAGAUCGAUUAGUCAACUAAAAAGGAGGCGAGGCAAAAGUUCUCAAAUCUAUAUAAAAAGUAUAUUUGUCUAUCUCACUCAAAGUGCACUCACAACACUACACCUGCAGGGAGAGGUCACACAAAAACUACUAUUUAUGCAGAGAAAAGUACUAGGAAAAAGUGAAUUUAUGUUAAGACAGAUAAAAUUAAUAAAUCAUGAAUUUAAUCUGACUUUUUACAGAGAUUUCUCAUUCUCUCACUUACUUUCUGUUGUUGUAUAAUCAAAUAAUUAAUCAAAUGACUAAAGGACUACAGCCAUAAUUUACAUAAUAGGAUAUUACACUAUUUCCGAAUCCAUGUUAUAAUGUUGUUUGCUCGUUUCAUUCACACAUGUUUAAAACACAAAUCCUGCAUAUGUUGGCUGAGUUCUUCUCUCAAACUGCAAACACUCCUUUCCACCUUGUGACGUCAUGUGGUAAUGCAGGAAGUGCCCCACUUUGUUUUAAAAAUCCAUAAAUCUUCACUAGAAUUAUCUGGAUCAUUUCAACCCUGGAAUUGCUGAUCUCUACUGAACCAAAGGUAAAAAGAGCUGCUAAUAAUAACAGACUCAUAAUAUAAAGAGUUACUCAAACACAUGUGAAUGAAACAAAACACAACUCCAGGUCUGUUUUUGAGGAGGGAACAGCAUUCUAACAUGGCUUAAAGCUCACAAGAGUCAAUUUUACGUAAUAUAGGAACUUUAAAGGCACAUUAAGCAACUUUUCUGCUGUGGUGAGCUCCAUUGAGAUGUAACUGCUUUCACAUCAGACCAAGUUACAGGUCAGAGCUCACGAAAGAAAGCAUGUUUGUCAGUGUGUUUUUGUUUUUGUUUUUACUAUAAAAGCAGGUAGCAGAUCCUUUACCAGAAAAGUUGCACAGUGUGUUUUUCAGACCAAAUGCACCUGGUUUCUAUGUUUUGAACUUGAUGAGUUGUUGUGAGUGUCUAGAGUUACGUUCAUUGAGUGGUAAGAGAAGCCUGCGUAUAAUAUGUACACUGGUGCUGCUGUUUGUCACGCUCACCUCUAUGAUUUUAUGAUACCCAUUUCACACAUUUACCACUCAAGCUACCAUAAAGAAAUAUAACGCUAAACAAACCAAGUCUUCAUCACUUUAUUUUAACACAUUUAGACUAUUCUCUGCAGUGCGAACCCUGGGAAUAAACAUAUGUUUAAACUUCAA